CACAAACUCAUUUUCUGGUAACAAACAAAGAAAGAAACUAACCCACUUGUUAUAAAACCGACCCCUUGUUUUAUUUUUAUUUUUUUUCCCUCUCUAAAAAAGGACACCAAAAAGAAUCUUCAAACGCCAUUAAAACAACAUCCACCCACUCACAUAGUCACAUGUAUGAAUCCAUGGCAUCAUCGUGCUGCUCAUACACGUUCAUGACUCUCAUGUUCUUGUUAUUGUUCUUUAAUUUGGGCGUGUCCGAAAGAAGUAAAGAAUUCGAAGGAGGAAAAGAUUGCGAGAAGCGAUGGAUCCACAUAAGGAAGCUCCCUGCAAGGUUCAACCUGGAUCUGCUCGGCAAUUGCUCUGAAUACCCAUUCUUGGAUGACUUGUGUCCCUUCUUAGCGAACCAUGGCCUUGGCCAGAAGACCCACAACCGUUCUCACAGUUGGUACAGAACCGACCCAUCAAUGCUCGAACUCAUUUUCCACCGCAGAAUGUUGGAAUACCCGUGCUUAACGGAAGAUCCAACCUCCGCUGACGCCGUCUACCUCCCGUACUACGCUGGCCUCGACGCCCUCCGUUAUCUCUACGGUCCCGAAUAUAACUCCAGCGCCGAACACGGCCUUCAACUCUUCGAUUUCCUUCAAGAGGAUGAACCCGAAAUCUGGAACCGCCACAUGGGUCACGACCAUUUCUUGGUCAUGGCUCGUCCCGCUUGGGAUUUCUCUCAGCCUCUUCAUAACGACCCACCGCUUUGGGGCACUUCGUUUCUCGAGUUACCUCAUUUCUUCAACGUCACCGCUUUGACACUGGAGGCGCGUGCCUGGCCUUGGCAGGAACACGCGGUGCCUUAUCCUACUUCAUUUCACGCUCCAAAUCUUGGACUCUUGGAGUCUUGGGUCCAGCGCGUGCGGCGUUCCAAGAGGUCUUCUCUGGCGUUGUUCGCCGGCGGUGGAGGUGUCUCCGCCACUCCCAAUAUCCGACGGAGCAUUAGGAGUGAGUGCGAGAACGCCACUGGGAGUUCGACCGGUUAUGAUAAGUUGUGUGAGGUGGUUGAUUGCUCCAAUGGGGUUUGUGAGCAUGAUCCUAUUAGGUUCAUGAAGCCAAUGUUGCAAUCGAGUUUCUGCUUGCAGCCUCCGGGGGAUACUCCGACUCGUAGGUCAACAUUUGAUGGGAUUCUUGCUGGUUGUAUACCUGUUUUCUUUGAAGAACUAUCGGCAAAAUCUCAGUAUGCGUGGCAUUUGCCGGAGACAGAGUUUGAGGCUUUCUCUGUCAUUAUACCCAAGGAGGACGUGGUGUUCAGAGGGUUGAGGAUUUUGGAUGUGUUGCGACGAAUACCUAGAUCCAGGGUUAGGAGAAUGAGGGAAAAAAUCUUGGAGUUAAUACCGAGAGUCAUGUAUAGAAGGCAUGAUAGUUCCCCGGGUCUCAGAACAAAGAAGGAUGCAUUUGAUAUAUCAAUUGAUGGUACACUGGACAAGAUUCUAUCAAGGCUUCAGCAACUUGAUUUGGUUCUAUCUAUGAUAUUGCACGGAAUAGGCGUUUCUUCCCCCUUGUCAACUAACUUAGCUUAUCUGGAUGAACCCACAAGGCUUUCAUUUUGAUUAUUUGCACUUGGUAUAUCGUGUGGUGAUUCUCAGGAAUGGAAUUAUUAGUCCAGUUCAUCGUAUUCUUUAAAUUCUGAACAGAAAUUUAACCUAGAAGAAAGUUGAAAGGAGGAUUAAGGCGUGCUCUUGGUGUUCCAUGUUAUCUAUCACUAUUGUGUUUUGGAAGUUGAACGUUAGCCUUCAGAAUUAGUGAACUCAAAUUCAGCGUUGGGAGUUGGGACUAAGGCACAACACAUUCUUCUGAUGGUGAUGGGAACAUACUUUCUGAGUUAUUAUCUCUGAGCCAGGCACUUGUAUAGAAUUAAUUGUAUUAUUUUCCCUCAACAAAAACUUUUUACAACUGAAACA